CCAUUUAUUAUCGGCUACCGCUGAUUUCAUCCCGCUUUUUAUUUGUUACUUUACUUUUGUAUGCCUAUUUCAAAUUGUACGGUCAGUGACACUUGAGCGUCCUUAAUUUAGUACAAUCAUUUUCUUUUAAUAUAGUUUACUACAUAUUUUAAAACACAAUGUUUGAAGCACGCCUUCUCCGAAGCUCCAUACUUAAAAAGGUCCUGGAAGCAAUCAAGGAUCUACUCACACAAGCCACGUUCGACUGUGAUGAUAAUGGUAUUCAAUUACAGGCCAUGGAUAAUUCUCAUGUGUCACUCGUCUCCCUUACACUUCGAGCAGACGGUUUCGACAAGUACAGGUGUGACAGAAACAUUUCAAUGGGCAUGAACUUAGGAAGUAUGUCAAAAAUCCUAAAGUGUGCUGGUGACAAGGACACAGUGACUAUGAAGGCACAGGAUAAUGCUGAUACAGUCACAUUUGUUUUUGAAAGCCCAAACCAGGAGAAAGUGUCUGACUAUGAGAUGAAGCUCAUGAAUUUGGAUCUGGAGCAUUUAGGUAUACCUGAGACUGAAUACAGCUGCACUAUCCGAUUGCCAAGUGCGGAGUUCGCUAGAAUCUGCCGAGAUUUAUCGCAAUUCGGAGAAUCCAUGGUUAUUUCUUGUACUAAAGAAGGUGUGAAAUUCUCAGCAUCUGGUGAUAUUGGAUCUGCAAAUGUGAAGCUAGCUCAGACUGCGUCUAUUGAUAAGGAGGAGGAGGCUGUUGUAAUUGAGAUGGAUGAGCCCGUCACACUUACCUUCGCCUGCCAAUACCUCAACUACUUCACAAAAGCCACAUCCUUAAGUCAACAGGUCCAACUGUCUAUGUCAGCUGAUGUCCCCUUGGUGGUAGAAUACCGCAUUCCAGAUAUUGGCCAAAUUCGAUACUACCUGGCUCCGAAAAUUGAAGAGGACGACAGCUAAAGGUUUUCUGUGGCCUAAACAAUUACAUUUAAUAAAUUACGCCUUAAUAUACCUACUGAAACAAUUAUCCUAAGUUAAAUUAAGUAUCUGAUUGUAUAUCCAGAAGAUGUAGAAUCUCCCGGUAUCAUGUGAAAUCUCCAGUUUUGUAAUUUUUCUGUACACUGUGUAUUGUGAUAACAAGAAAUAGGGAGCAAGUAAAUCUAUUUUCAAAU